ACACCGGGACGUUCGGGAACGGAGUUUAAAUAUUCCCGGAUCAUCGUGUCGGUGGUGCGUGUGUAAAACGGGACGUUCGCUCUUCAAUUUUCGUGCGUUUAAUUUGCAGAAUAUUCGUUAAAAAAAAAAUUGCUUAAGCCUUACUAAAUUUACGAUGACGAACGACCGCCACCGCGAACUUAACACACCAACAUCUUGAGAGCACGUUGAAUUGAUGAUAAAAUAAGGCACAUACACAAACAAUAUGUAUCGGUUCAGUUCGUCAUAAACAAAAUGCGAGAACAAUCUUGAUUAACGACGUUCUCGGUUUAUCAAAGAGGCGCUCUUCCUCUUAUCAGUAGCUAAAGUGACGCAGGCGCGAUAAAACGCGCAUAAGUUACUUUUGAACGACCACCACUGCCAAAAACUGCUGUGAUUUCCCUUUUAAAUUACAAGAAACAAAAAAGAAGACUGAGAAACAUGUGGACUAACCUCGUUUUAAUAGUGUUCAGUAGUGCUCAAGUGUACGGGUCAGUGUUGCUGCUGCAUAACGUACGGACCAACUACUCGCAAGUGUACAGUGUGGACCAACUGUUGCACAGCGUCUUCCCUAGGAAAAUCUCCGAGGACGUUUAUAUGGACCCCUGUAAGGCUGGGGAAUUUCUAGGCGACAUCGCCCUAUCAGAGGAGGAGUACAGCUUCAAACCAAAGAUCAAACACUCCAUAUUGCAGGAGGAAGUCGAGAAGUACAAACAGGAGGUGCUGGAAGGUCUUCAAAUAGAAGAGGAGGGCCUAACGGACUACAUCCGCAAGAAAACCAAACAGCAAGCAGACCCCCAGAGGCUCUCGAAAGUCAGCAAUGACCCCUUUGACGUCCUCUACACAGGAACUUCCUCGAAAAAUCAGCAGAUCCUGAACGGUUACCUCACCGAUCAAAGUGGAGGCCAUAAGAGGAAGAAGAGGCAUCAGAAGAACCGAAGGAAGCCCAGGGAAACCGAUGCUGAGAAAUUGACCAGUUUCUUCGAGGAAACUCCCGUGCACGAGUUCGAACCUCAUUUUGACUUCAAAAGGAAAUCUACCGCCAAUGAUCAGCUCCUGCGUAGAUCCACCAGGGCGGCCACCGCUAGGAAGGAACGAGUGUGGGACUAUGGGGUGAUUCCUUACGAAAUAGAUGGAAACUUCAGCGGUCUGCACAAGGCCCUGUUCAAACAAGCGAUGAGACACUGGGAGAACUUCACUUGCGUGAAGUUCGUCGAAAGGGACCGCGACGAGCAUCAGAACUAUAUCAUUUUCACCGAAAGACCUUGCGGAUGUUGCUCGUUCGUGGGAAAACGUGGAAACGGCGGUCAAGCCAUUAGCAUCGGGAAAAACUGCGACAAGUUCGGUAUAGUCGUGCACGAACUGGGGCACGUGGUCGGAUUUUGGCACGAGCACACCCGACCGGACAGAGAUAAUCACGUAAAUAUCAUUAGGGAAAAUAUCAUGAGCGGUCAGGAGUACAACUUCAACAAACUAAACGAGGACGAAGUGAACUCCUUGGGGCUGACGUACGACUAUGACUCAAUCAUGCACUAUGCCAGGAACACUUUCUCCAAGGGGACCUUCUUGGAUACGAUCCAACCGGUGGAUAUGCCGGGCAGGAAAAGGCCGGAAAUAGGGCAAAGAGUGCGUCUGAGCGAGGGCGACAUAGCGCAGACGAAUUUAUUGUACAAAUGCCCCAAGUGCGGCAGGACCUUCCAGCAAAACUCGGCGACCUUUUCGGCACCGCAGUACCACACGGACAAAGUGGUACCCGAGGAGGGGAUCCGUUGCGAGUGGAGGAUCACUGCCACCCACGGGGAGAAGAUCGUUUUCAAUAUAACCGGACUCGAUAUCGCCAAAACCCCGGAUUGUAAUGAGGAUUAUGUGGAAGUGAGGGAUGGAUAUUGGCACCGGUCGAGGAUAUUGGGGGUGUUCUGCGGUACUGGACAGGUGCCAUCGAUUACCAGUACGGGCAGUCGCAUGUUGGUCACCUAUGUUUCCAAACGGCCUAAAGGGCACAGGGGAUUUACGGCGAAUUAUGAAGCCAUUUGCGGCGGGGCCUUCUACAUAGACUCGGAGGGCCACCUGGAGUCCCCGAACUACCCCGAGGAGUACCAACCGAACAAGGAGUGUAUCUGGAGGAUCACCGUACCGGAAAACUACCAGGUGGCCCUAAAAUUCCAAAGUUUCGACGUGGAGAACCACGACAACUGCGUCUACGAUUACUUAGAGAUUCGGAACGGGAUUAAUUUGGACUCACCGAUCAUCAAAGUGCAUUGUGGCCAUAAGGUGCUUCCGGACGUGAUUUCUUCCUCCAACGAGAUGCUGGUAAAGUUCGUCUCGGACGGUUCGGUGCAACGAGGAGGAUUCUCGGCAAUCAUCAUGAAAGAAUACGACGAAUGUUCCAAACUUGACCACGGAUGCGCUCAGUUAUGCGUCAACACCUUAGGCAGCUACGUUUGUUCCUGUAGAAUCGGGUAUGAGUUGCAUUCCGAUGGAAAGAAUUGCGAAGAUGCUUGUGGUGGGGUUUUAAAUGCCCCCAACGGCACCAUAACCUCACCGUCCUUCCCUGACCUGUAUCCAUUGAACAAGAACUGCGUGUGGGAGAUAUUGGCACUCCCCCAGCACAAGAUCACGUUGAAUUUCACGCAUUUUGAUCUAGAGGGGAACAAUAAUGCACAACAACAACAGUGCGAAUACGACCGUGUGGACGUCUACAGUAAAAUGAAAGACGGUAAAAUGAAGAAACACGGUUCCUACUGCGGUUCCAAGGCGCCCGCCUUAAUAACCUCCGAGAGUAACAUCAUGCGGAUCGUCUUCUACUCGGACACUAGUGUGCAAAAAACCGGGUUUGCCGGGGUAUUUUUUUCAGACAUGGACGAAUGCGCCAAGGAUCACGGCAAUUGUCAGCACGAUUGCGUCAACACGUUGGGUUCCUACAUCUGCACCUGUCACAACGGUUAUACUUUGCACGAAAAUGGGAGGGAUUGUAAGGAGGGGGGGUGCAAAUACGAGAUUACCGCCCCCACUGGGUCCCUGGGAAGUCCCAACUAUCCGGAUUAUUAUCCUGCCAAAAAGGACUGCGUGUGGCACUUCAUAACGACCCCGGGCCACAGAGUGCGCAUCGUUUUCUCCUACUUCGAACUGGAACCGCACCAGGAAUGCGCCUACGACCACGUGGACUUUUACGACGGUUCCUCCCCGGAGGCACCCACCUUGGGGCGGUUCUGCGGUUCCAAACUGCCCCACAUGAUCGUCGGAAGCGGCAAUCAGCUCUACAUGACCUUCCGGUCUGACGCGAGUAUUCAGCGCAACGGGUUCUCCGCUACACAUUCUACGGUUUGUGGGGGUAUUUUGCAAGCGACUGCUGAAAAGAAGCAUGUUUACUCGCAUGCUAAGUAUGGGAGUGCUAGCUAUGACAACAGGGCCGACUGCGAUUGGACCAUAGAAGCCCCCCCCGGACAAAACGUCCAUUUGUCCUUCUUGACUUUUGACUUGGAAGACUUCGACAACUGCGGCUACGACUACGUGGAGAUAUUCGGGGGUCUGGACAGCGGACAAUCUUACGGGAAGUUUUGCGGUGUAAACAUGCCAGUGGACAUGAUCUCGGUGCACGAGGCUUUCCUGGUAAGAUUCCGCACGGACGACACGUUGGUAAGCAAAGGGUUCAGCUUCGUAUAUGAGGCGGUGUCGCCCGCGUCUUAUAGCGGCGAAAUAGAGAUUUGAAGUUACUUGAAACCCUGUUAAGUAUACUUACUAAAAGUGCUUGUAGAGGGCGUCUAGUGAUUAGAUUUUAUUUAUUUCCUAUCGAGACAUAUGCUGAGUACUUAAGUGUAUAAAUUGUCUACGUUUAUUAAUAAUGUAUGUGUGCCAUUUUUUUUAUAUAUAUACGUUUAGUGUGUAAUUAGGACAACUGUGUGUUUUAGGACAGGACCUUGUAUGAAUAUUUAUAGAGAAUAUUGUGAAAAUUUGUAAUAAAAAAGGGCGUUUGCGGUGCUGUA